GAUGAUUCGGUUAUUAUUUGAUUUAUGUGGUCUUGCUGCUGCCCUUGCUCUGACCCUCGGGACGGCUGUGUGGGAAGUUUGUGUCUUAGAUAGAGCAAAGCACUGCUCUGUAAAGUAUUGGGAGCCAAACUGAAUGCAAAGAAACUGAUAAAUGCGGAAAAGGCUCACUUGGCUUCAGAUGCUAUAACUGGAGGUACCCCCAAGAGGAACCCUAGGAGGAUCAAAGUACCCUACAGAAAGUUUGUGUUUAAGACCACAGGACACCCCAAACUGAAUGAAGUUGUGGGAGCAGGAGCAGAGCAUGGCAAACACCUUUGUGACGGUACCUGACGGGUACUGCCUUAGCGAGCCAAUUCAGUAUUACGAUGUUCUACCAGAACACAUCAGUUAUCCAUUGCAAGACCUUGACUUCCAGACUGCUCCUUAUUGCCAAUAUUCAGCAGUUCAGUUUCCUCCACUACUACAGACACCAUCUCCCCAGUCUCAGUACAGCGCAUACAACCUGGACUCUCAGUUCAAUGAUGGACAAUAUAUCAUCAGCAACUGCGAACUCACUAAGCCUACCUGCAUGGGUGGCCAGAAUGAUGAGAGUGGAUAUCCUGGACAGAAAAGACCCAGGCUUAGUCACUCCUCCUUGAGAAUAAAGGGACAGGAAGAGCUGUGUGUGGUAUGUGGAGACAAGGCUUCGGGAUAUCAUUACAAUGCACUCACCUGUGAAGGCUGCAAAGGAUUUUUUCGACGCAGCAUCACCAAAAAUGCCAUCUACAGAUGCAAGAAUGGUGGUCAUUGUGAAAUGGAUAUGUAUAUGAGGAGGAAAUGUCAGGAGUGUCGCCUCAAGAAGUGUAAAGCUGUGGGAAUGCUUGCUGAAUGUCUAUUGACAGAAGUUCAAUGUAAAUCAAAGCGACUGAGAAAGAAGAGCAGUUUUCUUUGUAACAUCAAAGUGGAAGAUGAAGGAGUGGACAACAAACAUGUAUCUUCUACAACCAUACCUUUAAAAGUCCAGGAAAGGAUGGAAUUUACUCCUGGGGAACAUCACCUCAUUGAACAUAUUGUUGCUGCUCAUCAAAAAUGCACAAUUCCAUUGGAAGAAGCAAAGAAGUUUCUACAGGAAACUACCAAUUCUGAAGAGAACUUUCUACGACUCUCAGAAUCAGCUGUGGUUCACGUGCAAGUAUUAGUGGAUUUUACAAAACGACUCCCAGGGUUUGAAAACUUGGCCAAUGAUGAUCAAAUUGCAUUGCUGAAAGGCUCCACAAUUGAAGCUCUGUUUUUACGUUCAGCCCAGAUAUACAAUGAGCAAGCUAUUGAAUUUCAGUCAUCAUUCAGUGAAGGCCAUUUAAAAUUUUCUGACCAUGCCAUGUGUGGUGAAGAUAAAGAUACUAUGUACUCCACAGAAAUACCUCAUAAUGAAGAAAGUCCAACAUCAACUACUACAACAGGUAUCACUGAAGAAUUUAUCACUGCACUAUUUUACUUCUACAGAAGCAUGGGAGAACUUAAUGUGACUGAGACAGAAUAUGCUCUCCUUGUUGCAACUACUGUAUUUUUUUCAGAUCGUCCACUCCUAAAAAACAAACAACAUGUGGAGAAACUCCAGGAACCAUUUUUAGGAAUUCUGUACAAGUAUUCAAAAAUGUACCACCCUGAAGAACCACAACAUUUCGCACGUCUCAUAGGGCGACUCACUGAACUCAGAACUCUCAAUCACAACCACUCAGAAGUGCUAGUAACUUGGAGAACAAGGGAUCCUAAGCUAAACUCUUUACUUUGUGAAAUUUGGGACUUGCAUUAAACAAUUUACUAAUUGCUUGAAUUGUUUCCCAAGUCUGUUUUUCUAAAAUAUGCUAUUUUCCAACUGAUAUAUGCAUAUUAAAAAUCUCAUUUAUGUUAAAUGAGUACAGAUUCCUUUAAAAUACUGUUCUGUAAUGAUUAUUAAAAGUAUAUCUUUGUAAAAAAUGUUUAGUUAUAAAAUCUGAGAACAUAUGCAAACUAUGAAACUUUAUAGCUGCAUCUGUGAAAAGAAUGUGUAAGUUUUAAAAUGUUAAGAAUCUAGAUUGUGCCAGGUUUUCUUAUGUGCUAUUAUGUAUACUGUGUGCCCAGGAAGGCUGCUGACAGGAAAUGUGAGGAAGAGGCAGGAAACACAAGCAAGAGUAGGGAAGCAGCACCGUGUGUAGUGGGGACUGGGUUGGUACUAUACUCAGCUACCAUACUCUGUAUGGUAGGCACCAUUUUUCAUUAAAGAUAUACUAUACUAUAUAAAAGGAUUUAAGCCUGAAUGUGAAAUUAUGCUCUAUUAUGCUCAAGAAACAUAUACAGGCUUAAAUGGACAUGAUCUUUAAAUGUCCUGGAAAAUAUACUGAAUAUAAUUUUUUCAGUACGUUAAAGUGAAUGGUUGAUUACAGGCUUCAAUUUUACACAUAUGGCAUAACAAAAUUGGCUUCUCCAAGCCAUAUCAUUUCUAUCAUACCCCCUCAUGUAAGACAAAACUGUAUUGACAAGAAAUUUAAAAUUUAUUAACAUUAUUUGACUGCCAUGGAAUCAUCAGAGAAACAUAACGAGUAGGUUAUAUAAUUUAUUUCUCCAUUGACACAAUUUUUAAAAGGCAUAGUACAUUAUAUAAAGUGAGUGAAACUGCAGUGAAGUUUGACUACCAGUGCUAUCCUAUGCAUAAAUUAUUCCUUUCUAAGCUCACUGAGUUCAAUAGACUUUAAAAGGCAUAAUUCUGUUUAGGACUGCAGUAUGACUUUACAAUGCACUUCAAAAUGGCAUAGCACAAUAUGUGUUGUUUAUUCAGCUCUGUAUUCUUAUUGAUUAUAUUUUGUAAUCACUCAUCCCCAUCACUAGUACAAGAAAUUUCUGAUAUUAGGACAAUAUCACUAAUUCAACCACAAACCUGUAAAAUAAGAUGUAAAAUGUUAUUUUUCCCCAUUGUGGUACUAUUAACUCUGGAUUUAAGAAUUAUUCUUGAUAUCUGAAAUAGAGUAUUAUAGUGUAAAUAGCUGGUACUUUAAUACAUGAAAUAUACAUUUUGUAUAGUGCUAUAUUUUAGAUACAUAUUUAAGUCUAAUAAAUGCACUAUUCAUCUGG